GGCAGUGAAGAAAGCGCCACGCUGCACUCGCGGUCUCUGGAAGAGUUGGCGGUGUUACUCGUCCACAGGUCAGCGAUACCCGAGGAUAGGGGACGUUUUUUAUAAUGGAAAACUAUAAGAAAACAAAAAUCACAGAGCUGCCUUGUCCGCAGCCAAUUGCCAACCUUCCAAAAGACACUAUUGAAAUGAAGGUGAAGGAAAGCAGCAAAAUAAGAAAUCUAGUGGGAUAUGCCAUCGGCAAAAUGGAAUCAGACACUACCAAAGAGAUCUUGUUCACCGGCACUGGGAAAGCUGUCAGUAAAGCAAUCAGCUGUGUGGAAAUCAUGAAAAGAAGAUUAAAAAACCUCUAUCAAAUUACGAAAUUGUAUUAUAAACAGAUUGAAGAACUCUGGGAACCUAUUGUUUCUGAGGCAGGGUUAGAUAGUUUAACUGUUAAAAGAAACAUCCCUGCUAUUUGCAUCCUGUUGUCAAAAGACGAACUGCCCUCAAAUGAGCUUGGUUACCAACCUCCUGGAUCAUUUGACGCUUUCUGGAUACGCACUUUAAAAGAGGAGGCACUGGGGCAAAAGAAGAAACGAAGAGGCGGAGCAGGAAUAGGCAGAGGGGGCAAACACCAUGGUUCUGGAAGAGGGGAGAAGCCCAAGAAAUCUCGGAGCUAAGGGUGGAAAAUAUAAUAAUCUACCAUUUGAGGAAUGUUAUUUAAUUAUUAUGCUUUAUAUAAAAAACUCUUUAAGAA